GACGCCAAGAAGUCCAGUCACAAGAGCCCCCUUCAAACCGUUAGCCAAUCAGGUCGGGCCGAGUUGGAAGACCGAGGUAGGUCCACAAAGUGGUCCCGUGUCCCUUUUCCCUAUGAUAUGGUACUUGGGUCCACCCACGGUACCGAUACGGCACACCUGUGCUCCGGAAUCCUUGACUCGUCUAAAUUUGGUUUAGCAACGUUCAGUCAGUUGAUCACCAUUACCAUUCCAUCUCCAAAAUUACCCGUACACCAUCUCACAACUCGUCACUCGCAAGCAACUCCUAACCUCUUUCUUUCUUUCGGGAAAGAAAAGGAAAAAAACAAAAAAACAGAGAACCCUUUACCAGGAGGGAACACGUCCGCCGGUAGGGCAAAGCACAAUCAAAAAAAUUACUAGUGUCCAAUCACCCCGCCCCACGUCCAGGCCGCAUAGCUCAAAUCAAAUGACUCACCCCUCUAUAUAAACAUUCUCGAUCACCCCCCACUUAUUAGGGAGAAAUCUCCCCAACGAUUGUGGUGCGCGGAACGACAAAAAAAAAAUCAAAAAAAAUCCGUAAAAUGAUCCUUCGGAGCCUCCUGCUUUUUGCCGCUAGUGGGCUGGCUGAUAUAAUUUUGCCCGUUUAUAAUGGACCCCCGAGAUUGAAGUACAGUGUUGUGCCCGGGUAUUUCAAGCAGAGUGAUUUGGCUACGGAUGACAGAACAUAUGAUGCGGUUUGUUUGGAAGGAGAGAAUUAUUCCUUGAGCUUGAGAUCGACUGUUGACCAUCUUGUAGCUUAGCGAUAGCUUUGGCCUUACGGACCCGAGUCCUCAUCGAUGGUACCGCUUUCGUCAGAACAUUUACGCCCUCAACAUGGGCGCUCCACAGGGUGUUAGAUAUGUGGUGCUAUAUCUCGCAAGACACGGACAAGGACAACAUAACGUUGCGGGUAUACCCUCCUGGUGUCCCCACUAGGCUCCUCCGCCCACUGCUAAUGGAAAUGUCAUAUUUUUAGAGAAAUUUUUCGGCCAAGAAGCCUGGGAAUGUUACUGGGCGAUGCAAGGAACGAACGGCACCUGCACCUGGGGACCCGACGCUAAACUCUCACCCCAAGGCCACUCGGAAGUAGCCAGGACCUCCAAAGCCUGGAAACACGAAGUCCCGUACGGCAUCCCCCUUCCUGAAUCUCACCACGUCUCGCCACUUUCCCGGUCUCUCUCGACCCUCGUUGAAACCUGGAAACCAAUAGCCCUGAACCCACCCCUCCCCGUUUGCAAUGAACUCCUCCGCGAAACCCUCAGCCUGCACUAUGGGGAUAAGCGAUCCAAAGCUUCGUACCUGAGGGAAACAUACCCGGAAGUGGAAUUCCCGAUCGAAGAGGAAGACCCCCUGUGGAACUUCCACCGUGAAUCUGAAAUCGGAAGGAAUAUGCGCAUCAAGCACGUCCUCGACGAGAUUCUCAGCAAUGAUCCCAGCAUUUACAUCGGCAUGACAAGCCACUCUGGUGUCAUCAAUUCCACACUCGUAGCAUUGGGGCAUAGACCUUACGUCCUACAAACCGCGGGUGUCCUCCCCGUCGUGGUCAAAGUAGAAAGAGACCCCGGGUGGAGGGGAGAAGUACUCUGGGGAAAGAAGGAGAGCUGGGAGGUCCCGAAGGUUGAGUUGAGGAGCGUUUGCCCGGGAUACGAACCUGUGCUGGUUUCUGGCCAGUACGUCGACGGGAUGGGUGUUUGGCCUUACUCGUAAAACGCUAGCAGUUGGGCGAUGGAAGCGAUCCCUUGUACGAGUAUACAACGCCUUACCAGAUAUAAUAUCUAGGCACGGGGGUCUUCGGGAGCUCCAAAAGGGAUGGGGCGGGUGUAUAUAUACUCACAUUUCUUCCCUCUUUACUUUCAUCAUUUUCCCACAAGGUUCGUAAACAUAGAGGGAAUGGGGAGAAACGAAUUUCGCUAUUAAAAGUUCUUUUUUUGUUGGCACCGAACGGAAAAAACAAUUGCCCAAUAUGA